AACUAAAUCCUCUCUAUUUCGUCAUCUUAUUCCUACUGUCGAUUUUGUGUUCUGAAAGGGGAAAUUUAAAAUAAAAAUCGAACACUGUUUGCUAUAUAUUUAUAGAGAGGGAUUAAGUUUUUUUGAUUUGUUAUUUUGUUGUUUGGGUUGAUCUGAUUAGAGAAAAAGAAAGGAGAUGUCGAUGCUCGAUUCUUUCUUCAAUAAAGGCUUUAAAGCUGCCAAAUGUAAAACCCUGCUCAAGUUGACUAUGCCACGCAUCAAGUUACUCAGAAAUAGGAGGGAGAUUCAGAUCAAGCAAAUGCGGAGAGACAUUGCUAAACUUCUUGAAACUGGCCAAGAAGCCACUGCUCGCAUUCGGGUCGAGCACAUAAUCAGAGAAGAGAACAUGAUGGCUGCUCAAGAGAUUCUUGAGUUGUUUUGUGAGCUUAUCUCUGUGCGCCUUCCCAUCAUUGAAACACAAAGGGAAUGUCCUUUAGACUUGAAAGAAGCAAUAUCUAGCAUCUGUUUUGCUGCACCAAGAUGUGCGGAUCUUACAGAGUUGCUGCAGGUUCAAAUGCUUUUUGCUGCCAAGUAUGGCAAGGAAUUUGUAGCUGCUGCAAGUGAGCUUAUGCCAGAAUGUGGUGUCAAUCGCCAGUUGAUAGAACUGUUAUCAGUUCGUGCUCCUUCUCCUGAUGUAAAAUUGAAGCUUCUAAAGGAAAUUGCUGAAGAGCAUGAAUUAGAUUGGGACCCAGCUGCUUCUGAAACUGAGCUUUUAAAAAAACAUGAAGAUUUAUUGAAUGGUCCAACACAAUUUAGUAGUGGGUCUAAGUUGUCCCUUCCGGAAGAGAAACAUGAAGAAGCAUUGAACUCUGUUCCUGAUCAUGCUCAUAAUGAACAGCCAGAUUCUGAUUCAGACUUCGAGGAAUUAGAUUUUCCUGAGGUUCCUAAGGUGACUCUACGGCCAAGUGCAAAUGCUGCCUCUGCACCUGAAAUGUUACCUAUACCACCUGCUGCACUGCGUGGACUUGAGCAUGAUUCAUCAAAUAUAUCCACCAUUUCUGAAAAUCUAGCAGAAGAAUCUCAUUUAGAAACUGAGGAUGUGACUACAGAAAAGCCAGUGGCUACCGAGGAUGAAACAGCCAACUUUACAGUUGGUGACAAGGACGAAAAACAGUUUCUGCCAUUUAUUUCUCCUCCAUCGGUAUCUUCUAUAUACUACUCUGGGAGUCGGACUUCACCUCCUGUAUCAAGGACAAAAAGUGAGGUCAAUGUGGAUCUGCAGGAUGUUAUAGCUGCUGCUCAAGCUGCCGCAGAGAAUGCUGAACGUGCAGCAGCAGCAGCUCGCUCAGCAGCUACUCUUGCACGGGCCAGGAUUAGCGAGCUCACCAAGAAAAAUAGUGAGAAGUUCCCCGAGAAUAAUGAUGAGAAUCCAUUUCAUGUAGAUAUUCCUGAUCAAUCAGCUACGGAAGCAAAGCCACAAUUUGAUCAUCAACACUCUUUUGAUAGUGCAAAUGGGGAAUCUAAUUAUAUGGAACCGCAUCGACAAUAUUUAGACCGCCUGCCAUCAGAGUUGCGUGAUCCUCCCUCCUUCGAAAAACUUAAAGUGGAAUAUGACUCUCCGAGCGAUCAUGUUCAUCAGCAACAAUCUGAUCGUCAUCAGCAGCCGCAGAGAUUGCCCUCAAUGGAUGAUGACCCAUACUUAUACCCGAAUUUAUUCAUGUCACAGAACUCAAAAGUCGGACCCAGUGCCCAAUCCACGAGGGACGAUCAUCGUUCAACCCAUGAUGCAUGAGUUGCUAAGUUAGACUUUCUUAAUGCAUCUUUUUCUAGUCCUAUUACCACCGAGGGCUUUCGAUUUCAAAGUUAUGUCAUAUAUGAUAUGAUGUUCAUUGCCCUUUAAUUUGAUAUGUAAAGUAAUGGGAUAAUUAGUGGUUAUAGAGUGCAAGUAGAUUACAUUCAUUGCCAAUAUUGUAUGUAACCAGGUUCUGGAUUGAGAAUUUUCGUCUACUUGCAAGACAAAGAAGCGAUCUUAGACAGUUUAUCCUGUGAUAUGUUGAUUAAGGUUUAGGAUUUCAUGUACAAACUAUGUUGCCAAUAAAUAAUCAUCUUUGAGAA